CUCGGUAAUAGUCGGAUGGCGAUCUCCUGGAUGGGCGCCACGGUGGCCUCGGCGGCCCAGCGGCGUCGCAGGUGGCUGCAGCUGCAGCUGCCGCUGCUCCUGCUGGCGGCCUCGGCCUCGGCGCGCUACACGCCGGACUGGGAGAGCCUGGACUCGCGGCCGCUGCCCUCCUGGUUUGACGAGGCCAAGUUCGGCCUGUUCGUGCACUGGGGCGUGUACUCGGUGCCGGCCUGGGGCAGCGAGUGGUUCUGGUGGAGCUGGCAGGGCCGGCACGAUCCCUCGUACGAAGCCUUCAUGCUGCAGAACUACCCCCCGGGCUUCUCCUACCCCGACUUCGGCCCCCAGUUCCGGGCCAGCUUCUACGACCCCAAGCGAUGGGCCGACCUCUUCGAGGAAUCCGGGGCCAGGUAUGUGGUCCUGACCAGCAAGCAUCAUGAGGGCUACACACUCUGGCCCAGUCCUACAUCUUGGAACUGGAAUUCUAUGGAUGUAGGGCCACACCGAGAUCUGGUGGGUGAAUUGGGACGUUUCCUCCAAGAGAAGAAUAUCCAUUAUGGACUAUACCACUCACUCCUGGAAUGGUUUCAUCCUUUGUAUCUGCUUGACAAGAAAAACAACUUCACAACCCAGAACUUUGUCAAGACCAAGACCCUACCAGAAAUGAUUGAUCUUGUGAACAAGUACAAACCUGACCUGAUCUGGUCUGAUGGAGAAUGGGAAGCCCCUGACACUUACUGGAAUUCCACCGAGUUCCUUGCCUGGCUGUACAAUGACAGCCCUGUAAAGGAUCAAAUUGUGGUGAAUGAUCGAUGGGGCAAGGACACUGGGUGUAAACAUGGGGGCUACUUCAACUGUAUGGACAAAUACAAGCCAACGACUCCUCCACAACACAAGUGGGAGAUGUGCACCAGCCUGGAUAAAAGAUCGUGGGGGUAUCGUCGAAACAUGGACAGCAGUGAUGUCAUGACCCAUUUAGAAAUCAUUGAGGAACUAAUUUUUGUCGUGAGCUUUGGAGGAAACUAUCUGCUUAAUGUUGGGCCAACAAAAGAUGGGAUCAUUCCCCCCAUUUUUGAAGAAAGGCUCCGUAGUGUGGGGAGCUGGCUAAAAACCAAUGGAGAGGGAAUCUAUGCUUCUAAGCCAUGGAGGGUGCAAAUGGAGAACGUCACCACCCCCAUAAGGUUCACCGUAAAGCAAUCUGGUGUGUACGUCUUCUACAGCAAUUGGCCACAGGAUGGAGUGCUCCGGCUGACCUCCCCCAUCCCAACAAAUAGGACAACAGUGAGCAUGUUGGGAGUCCCAGGGUUUCUGAAGUGGUCACAAGACUCAGUGGACCAAGGCCUCUUUGUUUACCUUCCCCAACCAUCUCCAGCUAUUAUAAAGAUGAUGGUUUGGACCCUCAAACUAGAGGAAGUCAAGUGAGGCACCUGUGGUUUGAUUUUUGCUUCUAAGACGUGAGCAUUGCAGUAAAUUGGUUCCACUCUUCCUUAACCUAAGAUGAUAGUUUCUGACCCAUCUUAAUCAAAGGACAAUGCACCCUGUCUGACCUCAGUGGAUACCUCUGAUUUAUAAGCCUGCACCUUCCUCCAUGAAAGAAAGGCCUUUCAGGAGGGAGAUCUCAGUGUCUCCCUAUCCUUAGGCAUGUAGUUAACCUCAAAAAUUAUUUAGGAUGGAUGUCUCCUCUUUUUCCCCCCCCACCCCGCAUACCACCUCUGUGGCAGGUGCCUCCAUCCUGUAAGUAGGGGUCAGGCACUAGAAGACAGAAGGAAGUAGAACAGGCUUAGCCAGGUAAUGCCACCUUGGCUGGUUUGGUGUCAGCUAGUAAUUGAGGAAACUUCCUCAAGGGUUAGCAGGAGCCUGAAGAAAUGGGGAUCCCAGGAAAAUGCAGCACUGAAUGAGCAGGGGGCAGGGGCCUAGCUAGAGGGCCAUGUUUGUGAAUUCAGCAGCACCUGUCCAGGGGCACAAGAGCAGGAUGGCACCCCUGGCUAUCCCUGGCAUUCCACUUCUUAGACUUACACCCACCACCCACCAUGGCUGCAUUAGAAAGCCCCAGGUGUAAUUCUAAACAAUGGUUGGUAAUUGGUUGGGGUAGGGAACAGAAUGGGAAAUGAGGCUUGGUGACAUCCAUAUGAUGGAAGAUUUGUUUUUUUUUUUCAUUCUAAUCUGAAAAGCCAUGAAUGACACCUGCUGUUAAAUUCUCUUUCAAAAUGAACAAUUAAGGAACAAAUGCUCUAAUUUCGUUUUUCUGUCCUCUGCCUCUUUGUAUGUGAAUGUUUUGACACCUGUUAAAAAAAAAAGUAAACUUUUUCCAUUUAAAAA